GGUGAACUUCGGACUGUGCUGUUUUUUUCUGUCCACUGCAACUUUCGGUCGAAUGAAAGUUGCAGUGUUACUAAGAUUAAGAACAUUUUCAGUAUUUUGUACAGUAUUUUGCCAUUAAUUGAUUACCAAGUUUGGACAAUACAUGAAAAUGUGGAACCAAGGAAAGUGUGUUUCAGACUACUCAAGUGAGGGGUCCUCCUACAACACCAGACACAAGAGAUAAAGUAAAAGAUAGAAGAAGGAGGAAGAACUUUUCCCUUAAUCAUGCUUUCACAGAAGCCACAACCUUCACAGUAACUGAAGUGACCUUAAACUGCAGUUGGAUUAGUGACUCUGCCUGGAAAACAUGGAUGCGUUUGAGGGUCUCCACAGUGUCCGGCUGUCCUCCUCUCCACCCCUUGCCUCUGUCACCAAUCCAGGGUAUGAGGUUCUCGUAUCAGCCAGAUCUGGUAUCCAGGUAUACUCCAACACCACGUUCUAUGGUAAACCCAGUGUUCUAGAGCAGGCUCAGAAGAGAGGGAGAGCCAAAUAUCACUCCCACCGAGAGGAGACUAAAGAAGAGAGGUGUGAGGUUGGAAGGUUGGUAGACCUGGAGCCAGGUCCAAUCCCCAGGGUGGAGGGUGGAGGGCAGGGUGAACCCAGGCCCACCAGGCCCCAGGAGCAGGGUACCCAGGCCAGGGGCAGAGAGGGCAGCAGGCUGGAGCGUGCUGCCCAGCUGGAGGGUGCCCGGGGCAGGGAGCAUGAAGACAAUGUGUCCCGCCUUCGGAGCUCAUCCCUGGAGAUCAGAGAGAAGGGAUCAGAGAUCCUCAGAGAGCAGCUAGAUGCUGCACAGAAGGAGCUGAAGCUGAAGGAUAAGGAGUGCGAGCGUCUGUCACAGAUCCGGGAUCAACUAGAGCAGGAGCUGGAGGAGCUAACUGCCAGUCUGUUUGAGGAAGCCCACAGGAUGGUGCGUGAAGCCAACGUGAAACAAGCAACAGCAGAGAAACAGCUGAAGGAGGCUCAGGGAAAGAGUGAUGUUCUGCAGGCGGAGGUGUCAGCCCUGAAGACCAUGGUCCUGACCUCCACCCCGUCUUCCCCUAACCGCCGGGCCCACCCUCAGCUCCUCUCCCCGGGCACUAGGUCCAGGGGUGCCAGCCCCCACCACGGAGGGGGACACGCACGCAACAAGAGUGCCAGUGGUGCCCUCCCAUUGGCCCCUGGUGGACACUCAGACCUGCCCUCUGACCUGCAACCAGUCAGAGAGGACAAAGAGAUGGACAGCAUUCUGUAUGCAGAGUUCUUGACCUGGAAAAACAGACCUAGUCUGGACAGAAGUUCAGCCUUCCUGGUGCGGAUAUACAGGGAGGACAUCAGCCCCUGCCUCUCCUUCACACGAUCUGAGUUGUCUCAGUCAGUCCAGAGUGCAGUGGAGAACAACUCUCUAACCAUCGAGCCGGUGGCCAUGUCAGCUUUAUCCAUGGUCAAAGCCAACGCCAUAGUGUGUGGCGGGCCCAAUGGCUUGAAGGCAGCAAUAGAGAUGAAGUGUGCGUUGAGCGGGAUAUCCCGGUCCUGUCAGCACCAAAUCAAACUGGGUGACGAAGAGAGUUACUACUAUAUCUCCCCCUCCAGCAGGGCACGGGUACCUAGCAACCAUAUCACAGCCGUGUGUAACUUCUUCACCUAUAUCCGCUAUAUUCAGCAGGGCCUGGUCAGACAUGAUGCGGAACAGAUGUUCUGGGAGGUGACACGUCUACGGAGGGAGAUGACUGUGGCCAAGCUGGGCUUCUACCUCACAGACCAGGAAUAGGAGGACAGAUGGGAGGAGAUGUCACCGUAGACCUAGGUUGUGUUCAUUAGGGCAAACCGGAGCAAAACGUUGUGCAACGGACAAUGAAAAUGAGCUCAUUUCUUCCUCUUCGUGCUCAGUGAACACGGCCCAGGGCUAAAUGACAGGAGUCACCAAUUAACUGUACGAUUUGAGAGUCAGAUCACCUGUACCGGUUUCACACUGUCAGGACAACCCAACCUGAACUGGGCUUGGUUUGGCUCAGUAGUGUGAGAAGCCCUCAGAAGGACAUGCGGGACACAGAAACCGGAUGGAGGCUUCAGGAGAACUAUGCUGCUCACUUUUCAUUCACACAGUGCCAUAUACCCUCCAGUACUGCGGCAUUACCCCUAGGUGUUGUCUCCUCUCUCCUUAGAACCACUGUUGUCUCCUCUCUCCUUAGAACCACCGUUGUCUCCUCUCUCCUUAGAACCACUUGUCUCCUCUCUCCUUAGAACCACCGUGGUCUCACUUUAGAACCACCGUUGUCUCCUCCUCCUUAGAACCACAGUUGUCUCCUCUCUCUUUAGAACCACCGUUGUUUCCUCUCUCCUUAGAACCACCGUGGUCUCACUUUAGAACCAGGGAUAUACUCUGAAAAUAGCUGCAUUUAGGCUGCUGAGUUCAGAAAUAGUGUGCACAUCCUGUUACAUUCAGGUACUUCAGUUAAAUAAAGAAUCAGAUUCACUUUAUUUGCCAAGAACAUUUACACAUACCCAGAUGAAUAGGAGCUGCCACUUUUGUGCUGCGACUUGCAGUUACACAGUACCAGAAAUACAAGUUCCUGAACGAAAUGCCUAUUCAGUCUUCUCAAAUAUCCUCGUCUUCAUUCUGGAUGCUGUGACAGUUUUAGCAAUGACUAUCCUAGAAACAGAGGUUACAGUCAUUUGUUAUUUAACGUAAUGGAAUAAUAAACCAACCAUGGAUGAUUAAGCAA